AUGUCCUUGAAACAAAGGGAAACAGUCAAAACAGGUGCAACAGCAGCUAUUGAAACACAGACCUCUGAGGACUCUACAUAUGAAGAAGAGCAGAAUAAAGAAGAUGGAGAAGUGGAGAGCCCCACAGCUGGAGCAGAUGUGGCUGUUAUUGGAGGUGUGAUUGCUGCCGUGGUAUUCGUCCUCAUUUGCCUGCUGGUGGUGAUGGUGCGCUACAUGUACAGGCACAAGGGCACCUACCACACCAACGAGGCCAAGGGAACCGAGUUCGCCGAGAGCGCCGACGCCGCUCUGAAAAACGACCCCGCUCUCCAGGAAGCAGUGGAUGAGAGCAAGAAGGAAUAUUUCAUCUGA